CCGGCUAACAGUCGACCCCUUUUCUAUCACGAGUACAUAUCCGGCACUAAUAUCAAGGCCUCUGAGUAUACGCCAUUGGGUCGAGUGAUUGAGUUUAAAAACUACGACAAUUUGGCCAGGGUGUUUCGCAAGUUAGGCGAUAAAAGGCUGAGUUAUCUGAAAAAUUAUGGUGAGGGCCCCCAGGGGUGGGGUAUGUUGCCUACCGGGGACUCGUUGAUUAUGGUGGACAGUCACGAUUUGCAACGUGGGCAUACCGGUGACAUCACAGUUACCCUGACCUAUUUUGACGCUAAGUUACUAAAAAUGGCCACCGCUUUCAUGCUGGCCUGGCCCUACGCUAUACCCCGUGUCAUGAGUAGCUACUACUGGCCCCGGGAUGUACAGAAAAUUGGUCCUGAUCAUUACGCGGAUAAAAACGAUUGGAUGGGUCCGCCCCACGACACCAACUGGACUAUAGUGGACGUCCAGCGCAACCCCGACCUGACCUGUGAUCCCAAAGUGUGGAUCUGUGAGCACAGGUGGCGUCAGAUCUAUAAUAUGGUUCGGUUUAGGAAUAUAGCGGGCAAUGAAGCCAUGACUAACUGGUGGACCAAUGACUACCACUCCAUCGCUUUCGGCCGGGGAGGGAAAGCCUUCAUUGCCAUCAAUAAUGACGUCCAACCCAUUGAUAAGACACUACCGACUGGACUACCGGCCGGUACUUAUUGCGAUAUAAUAUCCGGCAAUUUGAUCGACGGCAAAUGCACGUCAAACCGGACUAUUCAAGUGGGAGCCGACGGUACGGCACAUAUAACUGUGGACAACAAAUGGGAAGACCCUAUGAUUGCCUUUCAUAUUAAGUCUAAG